UCAUCCUGCUGCCUGCAAGAGUGUUCAUAACUUGAUCAGAAGACAUAACAAAAAAACUUUUUUUUUUGGCUUAAAAAUUUUGAACUAAUGAUUUCUCUGGAAAAGGGUUAAUGAGAAUUAUUAUGGGGAAAGGCCAGAGAUUAACAAAUAGCCGGAGCGAGCGGUUUCUCGGGACUCACAGCUACAGUAACCGCCACGUGGACGCCGCAUCCUCCGCCGACCCGGAGCUCAUGGAAGAGGAUGUGUGGUCGGUGACCGAACACGACUCGGAUCGAUAUCACGUCGGCGCUUGGAAUUCACGCGCCACCGCGCCCACGCCGUCUUGGGGAUUGAAGCCGGCUGGUCGCCACCACGUAGGGAUUCCUGAUGCGAGCGAGCGUGACGGCGGUGGGCGGAUACAGAUGUCAGCGUCGGCACCGGUGAGCGUUCCGAACUGGGGAAAGAUCCUCCGGGUGGACUCUGCCGAUCCGUUGGGAAGCGACUGGGAUGAUGACGUGGCGGAAACCGACGGAGAUAUGGUGCCGCCGCACGAGUGGGUGGCGCGUGAGAGGAGGAACGGUGGCGCGUCGGUGUUCGUAGGGGUGGGCAGGACACUCAAGGGUCGUGACAUGAGCAGAGUCCGAGACUCAGUUUGGAGCCAGAUAGGGUUCGAUGGUUAAUUAAUUAAUUCCACUAAUUAAUUGACCUAAUAUUUAUUAGAUAUAAUCUUAUUUUUAAUCCAAAAGAGAGUUGAAAACCUUGGCCAAUGGUCUUUUCUUCUCGAUCAUCUGCUCUGAAGAUUUAUAUAUAGUAUAUAAUAUAUGGUUUGAACAAGAACCAAUAGUGCCAAAUGAGUUGUUUGCAAUUAUAUGAAGAAUUUAUAGGUAUUUAAUUUAAUACAGGGAUUGUAAUUGAAGUUUCAUAUGGGUUUGAGAUCCAUUGACGUAUUUCGUCGAUAAUGGAACCAUAGACGGCCAA